AUGUUGGCUUCGCGAUUUUCCAGAGCUCUUCCCCGAGCGACCCCCAUCACCGCCCGCUCCGCAGCUUUCGCCAGAGCUCCUCUGGCAUCCAGAUUCGCUCGCUAUGAGUCGACAUCUGCCGAUGGCGACAAGGUGCAGGGUGCCGUGAUCGGUAUCGAUCUGGGUACCACCAACUCUGCCGUUGCCAUCAUGGAGGGCAAGACUCCCAAGAUCAUUGAGAACUCAGAAGGUGCACGCACCACCCCCUCAGUCGUCGCCUUCGCCGAGGAUGGUGAGCGACUGGUCGGUGUCGCCGCCAAGCGACAGGCUGUUGUGAACCCUGAGAACACUCUCUUCGCCACCAAGCGUUUAAUCGGUCGCAAGUUCACCGACGCUGAGGUUCAGCGUGAUAUCAAGGAGGUCCCCUACAAGAUCGUCCAGCACACCAACGGCGAUGCCUGGGUAUCUGCCCGUGACCAAAAAUACUCUCCUUCUCAAAUCGGUGGCUUCGUCCUCAACAAGAUGAAGGAGACUGCUGAGGCCUACCUCUCCAAGCCUGUCAAGAACGCUGUUGUCACUGUCCCUGCCUACUUCAAUGACUCUCAGCGCCAGAGCACCAAGGAUGCUGGCCAAAUUGCUGGCCUGAACGUUCUCCGUGUCGUCAACGAGCCUACCGCCGCCGCUCUGGCCUACGGUCUUGAGAAGGAGGCUGACCGUAUUGUCGCUGUCUACGAUCUUGGUGGUGGUACUUUCGAUAUCUCCAUCCUUGAGAUCCAGAACGGUGUCUUCGAGGUUAAGGCUACCAACGGUGACACACACCUUGGAGGAGAAGAUUUUGACAUCCACUUGGUCCGCCACAUCGUCCAGGACUUCAAGAAGACCUCCGGACUUGACCUCUCCGGCGAUCGCAUGGCUAUCCAGCGUAUCCGUGAGGCCGCCGAGAAGGCCAAGAUCGAGCUGUCUUCUUCCCUCCAGACUGACAUCAACCUGCCCUUCAUCACUGCUGAUGCUUCCGGCCCUAAGCACAUCAACGUCAAGCUCAGCCGUUCUCAGCUGGAGAAGAUGGUUGACCCUCUUAUCACCCGCACCAUCGAGCCCGUCCGCAAGGCUCUGAAGGAUGCCAACCUCCAGGCCAAGGAGAUCCAGGAGGUUAUCCUCGUAGGUGGUAUGACCCGUAUGCCCAAGGUCGCCGAGUCCGUCAAGAGCAUCUUCGGCCGUGAUCCCGCCAAGUCUGUUAACCCUGAUGAGGCUGUUGCAAUUGGUGCUGCCAUCCAGGGUGCUGUUCUCUCCGGUGAGGUCAAGGACCUCCUUCUGCUCGAUGUCACUCCCCUCUCUCUUGGUAUUGAGACCCUGGGUGGUGUCUUCACCCGUCUCAUCAACCGCAACACCACCAUCCCCACCAAGAAGUCUCAGGUCUUCUCCACUGCUGCCGACUUCCAGACUGCCGUCGAGAUCAAAGUCUACCAGGGUGAGCGUGAGCUCGUCAAGGACAACAAGCUCCUCGGAAACUUCCAGCUUGUUGGUAUCCCACCUGCUCACCGUGGUGUUCCUCAGGUCGAGGUCACCUUCGACAUCGAUGCUGACUCCAUUGUCCACGUCCACGCCAAGGACAAGUCCACCAACAAGGACCAGUCUAUUACCAUUGCCUCUGGCUCUGGUCUCUCUGACUCUGAGAUCCAGCAGAUGGUUGAGGACUCCGAGAAGUACGCUGAGGCUGACAAGGACCGCAAGGGUGCCAUCGAGGCUGCCAACCGUGCCGACAGCGUUCUCAACGACACUGAGCGUGCCUUGAACGAGUACUCCGACAAGCUCGACAAGACCGAGGCUGACGGUAUCAAAGAGAAGAUCACCGCCCUCCGUGAGUUCAUCGCCACCAGCCAGUCUGGUGAGGGUACCGCCACCGCCGAGGAGAUCAAGGAGAAGACCGACGAGCUCCAGGUUGCCAGCUUGAACCUCUUCGACAAGAUGCACAAGGCCCGCAACGAGAGCAACAACGCUGAGCAGCAGUCCACCCCUAACGAGGGUGAGAAGAAGGAUGAGUCCAAGCCUUAA